AUGGAGUUUAUUAAAGAGGAGAGUGAAGACAUGAAGAUUGAAGAAACAUUCAGAGCCAAACAUGAAGAUACUGAGGAACAAACAGACCUGAUGGCGCUGAAAGAGGAGAGUCAAGAACAGAAUGAAAUGGAAGAGAAAGAUCAAAACGAGAAACAUCACGAUUUCAAAACUGAAGAGGAAUCGAUUAGUUGCUCACAGAAUGAAAAGACCUCCUCACCAAAAAAAGCUGAAAAAACACAAAACCUUCAUUCCCAAAUGAGAAUUCACACUGGAGAGAGCUCUUUCACCUGCCAACAGUGUGGAGAGAUUUUCAAUCAAAAAGAAAGCCUUAAAGUCCACAUGAAAAUUCACACUGAAAAUAAACCGUUAAUAUGCCCUCGGUGUGGAAAAUGUUUUAAACGGAAAAAAAACCUUGGGACACACAUGAGAAUUCAUACCGAAGACAGACCUUACACCUGUGAACAGUGUGGAAAGAGUUUCAGGCUCAAAGAAAGCCUAAAGACUCACAUAAGAAGUCACACUGGAGAGAGACCUUACAUCUGCAAACUGUGUGGGAAGAGUUUCACACAAAAUGGACAUCUUACGACUCACAUGAGAGUUCACACUGAAAAGAAACCAUUAAUAUGCUCUCAGUGUGGAAAGUGUUUUACACAGAAAAGAACCCUUGAUGCCCACAUGAGAGUUCACACUGGAGAGAAGCCAUUCACCUGCCCUCAGUGUGGAAAGAGUUUCAGGCUCAAAGAAAGCCUAAAGACUCACAUAAGAAGUCACUUAAACGCCCACAUGAGAAUUCACACUGGAGAGAAGCCUUUCACCUGCCCUCAGUGUGGAAAGAGUUUCAGGCUCAAAGAAAGCCUAAAGACUCACAUAAGAAGUCACACUGGAGAGAGACCUUACAUCUGCAAACUGUGUGGGAAGAGUUUCACACAAAAUGGACAUCUUACGACUCACAUGAGAGUUCACACUGAAAAGAAACCAUUAAUAUGCUCUCAGUGUGGAAAGAGUUUCAGGCUCAAAGAAAGCCUAAAGACUCACAUAAGAAGUCACUCUGGAGAGAAGCCAUUUACAUGUGAUCAGUGUGGAAAGAGUUUCAGAUAUAAAGAAAACCUUAAUAAGCACAUGAAAAUUCAUUCAGCAGAGAACGGUUUUAAAUGUCAUCAGUGCGAAAUAAGUUUUACAGACACGAAUCACCUUCAGGAUCAUGUUAAAAUUCACAUCGGAGAAAAGCCUCUCAUGUGCCAUCACUGUGGAAAGAGUUGCUCACGAGAAGAUAACCUCAAGGUUCACUUGAGAAUUCACACUGGAGAGAAACCUUUCACCUGUGAACAGUGUGGAAAGUGUUUCCGGGUUAAAGAAUACCUUCAGAUUCACAAGGUAGUUCACACUGGAGAGAAGCCUUACAAAUGUCCUCAGUGUGAGAAGAGAUUCACAUGUCAAGGCAGCAUGAAACGUCAUUUGAAAGCUCAUUCUGGGAAGAAACUGCCAUUUUCUUCAGUGUGACAAGAGGUUUAGAAAAAGGAGCAAUUACUACAAUCAUCUGCACAAUCAUUUUGGAAGACAUUAUUUUCGUUUGUGCGUAUGCAUUCCUGUGGCCAUUCCUGACCGACUGCUUUGCUGUAGUUUCAAAUAUUGAACGGUUGUUGAGAUUCCCUCAAAUGUUGACUAUGUAGAGCCUGUGUACUCGACAGGCAGCCCGUGGGCCGUAUCCGGCCCAACUGCAUUAAUGUCGUGGCCCGCGUCAUGCUGAAGAUUAAUGUAUUUUUAUUCAAAUUUACACUCAAAAGUAGCACAAAUAUUAGGCAGAGUGACUUUAUGCUUGUGUCGCUUAAAUGCAGUUGAUACUCCUGACACUUUGCAUUAUGAAAAUGGCAGAAAGUCCUCUUAGUAGCAACAAACAAACAAUAAACAAACUUUUAUUCAAAUUGUGAAUGGGAUAAAACAAGCAAAAAGCGCUCCCAUUACAAUGAAUAGAGCUGUAAUCACGUCUAUUCUUUCAUGUAGUUCCCUAUCUGUCAGUUACUACGAGUUAUGUCAAACGACAUAUGGGGUCUCGCUUGGGAGAGUUUAAA